AUACUCUUGUGGUCUCCAGAAGAAGGACUUUACUCUGAUUAACCCUUUUAUUUUUCUGUAUAAUUUACAUGGUUUCUACAGGGAUCUGUUCUGCCCCCCGACAAUAAAAACUACUUCUGCAGAGCAAUAAUCAAGACAACAAAAAUACUCAAUGUUUAAAAUCAGCUAAUGCUCUAGUGACAAAAUCGGGCCUGUGUGUGUGUAUGUGUCUGCAAGAGGAAAUAACACCUCCUGUCAUUAUUGUGUGGGUGCUGGUCAGAGAUGUGACUGUCUCUUACCUGUAACUGCUAAUUAGUUAUUAGUCACAGGGUGAAGAAAGGUGCCUCUGACCCCUCUGCCCAGUGCCAACGGCCUUCUGAUAUCCGCUGGGGAAAUGGAGGUUUAUUUCUACUGGACCCUAAUGCUUCUUUAUCUUCCUAAAACUAUGCUAUACGCACAACCAUGUGGUCCCACCAUAAACGUGAGCAUUACUGAGGGAGGAGAAGCUUCCCUGCAUGUGAAUGAGACGGAUAUCAUCAAAGUCAGUUGGGAUGUGAGCAAUGGAACCUAUGAGAAUUUCUUUGCCAAGAAGCAGCCGGGCACAUCUAUGAAUGCCAUAGUGGAUAAGUACAGAGGAAGGGUGCGUGAAAAUGGCAACAGUUCCUUACUGGUUUCCAAUCUAAGCCUACAAGACUGGGGCACCUACACGGCUCAUGUAUUCAGCAACACCGGGGUGUGUCAGCAGAGCUAUGAUGUCCGAGUCUACCGAAGUUUAUCUGAUGAGAAUAUCGAGAUUGAGUACAACAUCACCAGCAGAGAGAGCUGCAAUAUGACAGUUACGUGCAGGGUGGAAGGACCAGACACAAAACUUGCCUGGAGCAGCACGGCUAUAGGAAGGGCAGGAGUGGGAGAGCAAGUUCUCUAUGUGUAUAAUGCUGAGCCGGAUCUUAUCUACAGCUGCACCGCAGAGAACCCUGUUAGCAGAGCAGCCAGAUCUCUGACUCCUUGGGCUCAUUGUCUGCAAGAUAAAUCUGAAAAGAAUUACAUUGUGCAGAAUAUAAUCCGGUUUAUACUGUCGGCCUUCAUACUCAUCUGUGGCUCCUGCGUGUUUGCCCGUCAUUUGAAGAGAGAAGGUGCCAGAAAUGGAUAAUUAUUGUGCGAUGAUGAUGGGGUGGAUCUUCUUUGUCAUACACAGUGAUAGCUAAUUACAGGGGCCCGAGUUCUCGCUAGGGUUGAGUAGGUGGAGCUAAUGCCAUACCUCCCAACUGUCCCGUUUGUCACUGAACAGUCCUUGAUUUUGACAACUCAACACACAGUCCCGG